AUAUAUAAACACUGUCUGUUCAUUCGUAAGGGGAGAGAGAGAGAGAGAGAGAGAGAGAGAUGGUAAACGUGGUGGCAGCGAUGAAGCCACUAAUCCACGGGCUGGUGAAACUAGCCGGAUUGAGCCAGCAAACGGUGGAGAUCGAACCCGGGACCGUAAUGGACUUCUGGGCCCCGAAAGAAACCAAAACAGCAGUGAACAAAAAGCCAAACAAGCCCGUCGUAGUAUUCGCCCAUCCGUUCGCCGGCGACGCUAUCCUCAUGUGGUUUCCCCAAGUCCUAGGCUUAACGUCUCAGUAUUCCGUUUACGUUCCCGACUUCAUAUUCUUCGGCGGCUCAACCACCUCCAGGCCGGACCGUUCCGCGGAAUUUCAGGCGGAGUGUUUGGCAAGGGGAUUAUGGAAAUUGGGGGUGGAGAAAUGCACUGUGGUCGGGCUUAGCUACGGAGGAAUGGUUGGGUUUAAGAUGGCGGCGAUGUAUCCGGAGUUGGUCGAGGCAUUGGUGGCUUCCUGCACAGUUAUUGAAAUGACAGAGUCGGUUGCUCAUCAGAGUCAAAAGAAGCUCGGUAUAUCGCAGUGGUCGGAGCUUCUCUUGCCGGAGACGGCGGAAGGUGUAAAGUUUCUGUUCACGGCUUGUUGGCACAAGUGGCCUAAUUGGUUGCCUGAUUUCGUUUACAAGCACUGUCUCCAGGUGCUGUUUAGCAACAGAAAGGAGAAGGCUGAACUAUUAGAGGCUUUGAUCGUCAGAGACGAAGAAUCCACCAAUAUCACAAGUUAUCCUCAGAGGAUCCAUUUAUUGUGGGGAGAUGAUGACAAGAUUUUCAACUUGGAUCUUGCCCAAAGCAUGAAAGAGCGAUUGGGAGAAAACGCUACCCUCCAGUGGAUAGAGAAUGCAGGGCACCUCGCUCAACUGGAACGACCUUCGGCUUUCAACAAUCAUCUCAAGAGAAUUCUUUCAUCCACCUACAAUUCCUAAUAAUUUCAAGGGGAUAUGAUUUUUGCGCUGCUUGUUUUUUAUUGCACGUACUAUGUUUUCGUCGUUAAUGUAACUUUACCAUAUUACCACUUCAUAUGUGAAAAAAUAAUGAAUGGAUGGGUCUUAAAGUAAA